AUGCGGGCCGCUGUGUUGGGAUGGCUUGCGCUGUGCGCGGCAACAGCGGUGCGCUGCGCCUCGCCUCAGAUUGUGUACCAGCUGCAGAGCGACCGUGAACCGGACCUUGUUGACCAGCUCGUGGGCGAGGCGCGCGAGCGCAACAUCCCGCUCGACAGCGAGCUGCGGCCGACGGAUGUGGAGCGCCACAGCGCUUCGUUUGCGUGGGGCGUGUGCGGCGGCAGCGAGCUUGCGGUGCAGGUGCAGUCCAUUGCACUGAACCCCGAUCCUCCGGUCAAGGGCCAGAACCUCACCGUGCACGGCAAAGGCACGCUGCACACCGAGGUCAAGAACGGCACCUUUAUCGACCUGAGCGUGCGUGUCGGCUUCCUGCGCAUCUUUUCGCAGCGCGUCGACGUGUGCGAGGCGCUGAAAGAGAACGAUGUCGAGAUCCAGUGCCCGCUGGCGCCAGGCGUCUACGACGUGAAGCACACGGCCGAGCUGCCGGCCCACAUCCCGCCCGCCAAGUACAGCGUGCAUGUCACCGGCGAGACGCACGACGGCAAGCCGCUUGCGUGCCUCGAUGUCGCCCUCUCCUUCUCGAUGUUUUCGCAGGCCCGCCGCUGGCUGGGCUGGUAG